UAUCAUUUACAAUUUGAAGACCAAAACUGAUUCACUCCGGUUCUAUUGAACCUUGACGGCCCUCGCCUGAUUGUCUUGUCUCUCUCGUUCACUAUUCUCAACCUCUCUUCGUCUCAGAUCAGAAAAUUCUGAAACUAGUUGUUGAUGAUUUGACAACAUGAAUAAGUUAUUAGACUUUGGGAGGAAAGCCCUCUUUUACGUCAGAGUGCUUUCUGGAUAUGAAGAGCGAAGAAUACGAUCUUUUAGGCUGCAGCUUGAGCAACGUGUACAACAGGCACAAGCAAGGAAGGCAGCCAUAAAUAAAGUACCUGAGCAGAUUAUUUUAUCUGAGAUUCGUCGUAUGGUUCAAGAGAUGCAAACUUUGAACAAGAAGCUAGAAGAAACAGAGGCAGCCAUUGAAGAAUAUUUCAAGCCCCUUGACAAGGAAGCUGAGAUUAUAAUGAAAAUGCAACUACAAGGGGAAGAGAAAACUUCAGAGAUGAUGAUGAAAGCACUGGAGGAACAAGCUUCCCUUCAAAAAGUUGAAGCAGGAAAAUUUGCAAGUAUGGGUCAAGUUGACAACUCUGAAACCAACCAGAAGGAAUCUGAGAUGAUGGAAAUGCAGCUAGAAGAAGAAGAGAAGACUUUGAAGGAGAUGUUGAAAGCAAUGCAGCAACAAGUUUUGCUUGAGAAAGCUGAUGCCGAGAAUACUGAUAGUGUGCACCAAGCAGAUAAGUCUCAUAUCAACCUGACCCCAGCAUCCACAACCACUCCUAAAUGAAGCUGAGGUAUGUAGCUACUCAUGGGAAAACAUGAAUUGUUUUCUGUUUGGUUCUUUAGUUCAAAGAGCUUCUACAUUAUAAUGCUAAAGCUCAAAGAUGCCCAACUAUAGCAAUUGUUCUUCCUUGCCUGUCUCAAGCAGCUCAUGAUAGCAGAGACAUAACCAGAUCCUUUGUUUACUACUUUAAGGUUAAUUCUUAGGAGGAACUUCUCCAUGGAGGAAAUAUGAGAUAAUGAUUAGUGCUCUCUGGGGACUGUAGCUUGGUACCAAAUGCCCAGCAAUGCUCUUGUAGUAUGAGUACCUAGUUGUGGCUUGUAAGUUUUGAACGUAUAAUAAUACUUCAUUACCCCAUUGCAAGAUUAUCAUCUUGCACAUAAAGACAUGAAAGGACAAUAUCUAUUACUUGAGUGUAACAGAGCAAUUUGGAGUGUCUCACGUGUUUAUAGUUUAUUCCACUUGAUACUAAUCAAUUUAUGGUGAGUAGAAGAAUAGUUGCCGAGGCUUUCCAUCCACCCCACCCAGCUAAAUAGAAGCAUUUGACAUAUUAAUUUAUGAACUUGAACUGAAUUGUGGCAAGCUUUUGAGGUAGAUAUAGCGUGGCUUUGUUAUUUUAGUCACAGAUUCUAUACUCCAUUACCACUUUGAAGAAUCUGUAUGCUCUUAUAAGUAGGUUUGUUUCCUUCUACGUGUAUGUUAAUGGUCAUCGAAAUUUUUUAUGUACUUUCUUAUUUUGAUGCGAUAAUAAAAAUCAUAUU